UAACGAGUCAGAGCCGAGGGUACAGUUAGCUUGCAGUUAGCAGAUGCGCUAAUCGAAGGCUGAACGAUCCACCCAUCGCUCAUCGGAUGUAUCUCUUUGACCUAUACGCGGAAGAGCAGGGGUACCAGGUCCAGCAGAUACGUCCAUAUAAGCCGGUGCCUGCCCGUCCUCUGGGAACAGCACAGAGCAAAUUAUUCCCAUCCUCUCCCACACCAUGGCCACCGAAAGUCCAAUUCUCUCGACCCUCUCUUUGACGGUCAACAGUCACCCUCUCAGGCUCUCCACCCUUUACCGUCCCGGCCCGAAACCCGCCAUCCUCUUCCUCCACGGCUUUGGCUCGUGCAAAGAAGACCUCCACGACCUCAUCUACCUUCCUUCCUUGCGCGACCAUACUGUCAUCGCCUAUGAUGCCCCCGGCUGCGGCGCCUCGGAGCACUAUGGUCCCAGCAGCGACCUGACCAUCCCCUUCCUUGUGGCCACGGCCCAAGCAGUGCUCGCGCACUACCACAUCACCAGCUUCUACCUUAUCGGGCACUCCACCGGGGCCCUGACAGCGCUCAUGCUGGCCACCAUGCUCCCCCGCACGCAGCAACUCCUCGCCUUUAUCAACAUCGAAGGCACUCUCUCUCACGACAACUGCUUCUUCUCGCGAACCCUGUAUAACGACCUCCUCAAAUCCACCUCCCCCGAAGACGACCUCGAGAAACUCAUUGCCUACGUCAACUCGACGCCGGGCUACUCACACUCCCUCUACGCCUCAUUACUCCGCUCGCGCGUUCGUCCCGACGCCGUCAAACCCAUUGUCACCUCCACCGUCCAGCUGUCCUGGAAGAACCUCCUAGGGCGCUUUGUGCGAUUAUCCUGCCCGCUGAUGUACAUGUACGGGGACCAGAACUGCGAGGCGACGUUUCUGGACCAGCUGGAGAAGAACGGGGUGGAAUUAGCACGCAUCCCCAUGAGCGGGCACUUUCCGAUGUAUUCCAAUUCGGCGAAGAUGUUUAAGCGCAUUGAGGGGUUUUUUCGAGACUGCAGUUUCGCGACUAGCAGUAACAGUAGUGCGAGUGGCGGGAGUUUCUAGCCAUGGAUGCUGCUAGCUAGUUAGUAAUUGUUACGACACUUAAUGAAUAGUUCAAUAGAUAGACCAAUGUGAUUUCUUUCUUGUUCCUCUGAU